UGCGUGCGCGCACCCGAAACCUUGCGGAGCUAUGAUGCUGCCGAUGGGGAAGAUGGCGAAUCUGUGGAGUAUGGUUACCCACUGCAGAAGCUGAGAAAGAGGGAGAGAAGAGAGAAAACACUACGAAGGAGAGGGUGUGAAAUUAAACUAGAUAAUGAAGAAAGAGCGGCAGCCUUGCUAAGUAAUACGGCUCCUUUGAUCGGGAAAUAGAACUCGCUCCAUCCCAGUUCCCCCUUCCCAGACAGAUUCAUAAAUUGCCCCAGUCCAUACGUUUUCCAGCUAACUAGCUAGCUAGCUAACUGGUGAGGUUAAGGGGUGUUGGGGUGGUGGUUCCAGUGAGCCGCCACGAAGGAAGCACCCCAAUUAAACGCUUUAAAGACGCGAGGGCUCGUUGCUGGGGUCGCAGCGAGGCGAGGAGAGAGGAUAGGUGGUCGGAAGGCACUGCUACCUAGCUAACUAGUAAGUUAGCUAGCUAGCUAUCAGACAAGCAGUAUGUCCUGCUCUUCAGACAGUGAGGAUGACAACUUUGUUGCCAUGGACACAGAGGAGGGCGCGACAGAAACGGGACCAAGGCCAGGGCGUGUCACAAUGGAAGAGGCGGGGCCUCUGGCCCGUAAAGGUGGCGGAGAGAGAGCCAGGGAGAAGGGACGUGUGAGGGGCAGAGUAUGCCGGAGGGCCAUGGGGGAGCUGCCUGAGGAAGUGCUGGAGUAUAUCCUGUCCUUCCUCUCGCCAUAUCAGGAGCACAAGACCGCAGCCCUGGUGUGUAAACAGUGGUACAGGCUGAUCAAAGGUGUUGCACACCAGUGUUACCAUGGUUUUCUGAGGGCUGUUCAGGAGGGGAACAUUCAGUGGGAGAGCCGGACGUACCCGUACCCUGGCACCCCCAUCACGCAGCGUUUCUCCCACAGUGCGUGCUACUACGACUCAAACCAGUCAAUGUACGUGUUUGGUGGCUGCACCCAGAGCAGCUGCAAUGCUGCCUUUAAUGACCUCUGGAGACUUGACCUCAACAGCAAGGAGUGGAUCCGGCCCCUGGCUUCUGGGUCGUACCCCUCCCCAAAAGCUGGGGCAACUCUGGUGAUGUACAGGGACCUGCUGGUUCUGUUCGGAGGCUGGACCCGGCCCAGCCCCUACCCUCUGCACCAGCCAGAACGCUUCUUCGACGAGAUCCACACCUACUCCCCAUCGAAGAACUGGUGGAACUGCAUAGUGACCACCCACGGGCCUCCCCCCAUGGCGGGGCACUCCUCCUCGGUCAUCGGGAGUACCAUGGUGGUGUUCGGGGGCUCGCUCGGGGCUCGGCAGAUGAGUAAUGAGCUUUGGGUUCUGGAUCUGGAGCAGUGGUCAUGGUCCAAACCCCCCAUCACAGGCCCAUCUCCCCAUCCGCGUGGGGGGCAGUCUCAGAUUGUUAUUGAUCAUGAGACCUUGUUGAUUUUGGGAGGCUGUGGGGGUCCCAAUGCACUGUUGAAGGAUGCCUGGCUGUUGCACAUGGGCGCCCCCCCAUGGACGUGGCAGCAGCUGCGGGUUGAAAACGAUGAGCACGGUGCCCCGGAGCUGUGGUGUCACCCAGCCUGCAGGGUGGGCCUGUGUGUAGUGGUCUUCUCCCAGGCUCCCUCUGGCCGUGCCCCCCUCAGCCCCAGCCUCAACUCCCGCCCCUCGCCCAUCAGUGCUACCCCCCCUCCCCUGGGCCCCGACCCCCCCUCUCUGCGCUCCCAGUCUCCGGUGCGGAGCGGGGCGGCGGGCGUGGUUUUGGGCGCGGCUGAGGAGGCCCCCUGUGUGAAUGGGCGCUGGGGCACACUGAGGCCGCGGCCGUCCCCCCGAGGCGGGGGCAGGGACUGGAGCCCUUCCUCAUCCCAGCAGCAGUCUCCCUCCCGCGGCUCUGACAGCCCGCCCUUACCGCCGCUGCUCAACGGCUCCUCCCCCUCCCCCCGCACCAGCCCCGCCCAGGCCGCCUCGCCGCCGCCCCGUCAGCCCCCCGGCCAAUCGCACCCGCCCAUGCCCCCCGACUUCGGCUGGGAGUCCCCGCCCUCCUCCACCGCCGUCACCGCCCUGGAGCACGCCAGCACCAACGGGCUCCACACCCCGCCCGGCUCCCCCCGCAGCCCGGCUGGGGCUGUGUCUCCCGGGGCCCUGCGGCGAGGACUGGAGGCCGUUAAAGCCCUGUCUUCCUCUUCCCUGUCCUCCUCUUCCCUGUCUUCCUCUUCCCUGUCUCAGUCGCAUGGCCCCGCCCCUGGGGGAGGGGCCUCUGCAGGCACGCCCCCCUCCUCCUCGUCUUCCAGCCCACCCCAGGCAGGGGCAGGGGUUGACGGACACUCCAUCCCUCCAAUCGCACGCCGUCUGGGCCACCACCCGCCCCAGAGCCUGAACGUGGGGAAGCCCCUGUACCAGUCCCUCAACUGCAAGCCCAUGCAGAUGUACGUGCUGGACGUGUCCCGAGCCAAGACGGCCGCAGUGGUGUCCUGGAAGGUGUUCGGGAGCGGGGGUGCUGUGGUGGGACCACCGGAAACCAGCCUUCACACCGUGGUCCAGGGCCGGGGAGAACUCAUCAUUUUCGGGGGCCUGAUGGACAAGAAGCAGAACGUGAAGUACUACCCAAAAACCAAUGCCUUGUACUUUGUGCGAGCCAAGAGAUAAUGCUGCAGUGCAGUGUGGGAGGUCCAGAGAACUGCGUCUGAGAGAGCGGGACCUAGAGGGAGAAGUGUGGGGGUGGUCCGCCCUGGCUUCAGAAACAGAGGGGCUCUGUAGACCACUGCGUCUGAGCGCUGUAAAGGGCUGUGCUACUCCAGGUGUGCGGGAGAGGGAAACGAGCGCACUCGCUGUCAUGGUUCUUCUAAUUCUCUUCUCUCCCCUGCCCCCUGUUCCCCUCCUCUCUUCAAAUUUUGAAAGGUCUUGUCGAAUUCUGAAGGCUUCAAAUGUGCAUUGGACUUUGUGGACGCUUUCUGUGUGUGAACACAGCUGUUAUAACGCUAACGAGUGAGUGACCUCAAGCUUGUCUCCUCCUACCUACGCAACUCUUCGAGAGGUGAAGAAGAAGAGAUGGCCAAAACCAAGACGAAAUCAAGGCUUCAGCCACGGCUCUCUCUCGGGCUCUCCGUGUCCAUGCAGAGGGGGAAAAAAUAAGGACACGGAGAGUUUGACUGCUCGUGUGCGUGCGUGCGUGCGUGUGCGUGCGUGCAUGUGCGUGUGCUUUUUAAUCAGCCUUUUCCGUUGAUGAAGAAGCACUUUCAAAGUGCAUUGUUUACAAGGAUGAUCGCGUGCGUGCGUGCGUGCGAGCGAGUGGAAGUGUUCAGUCUGCGCUAUGCUCCUGCUUUCGUGGGGUUGAUGAUUGGUUGGUGAGCGCUGAAAUUGAAGAGGAGCGAAUGUGGUAGCAACACUUUAUUUGAAGAAGGCAGCGCAUAAAUAAGGAAAUGAAUCACAGAGAAUAAAAUGGAGACUGAAUUUGA